AUGGCAAGGCUGUGGAAGACCUUUGUAUUGGUGGUGGCCUUGGCUGUGGUUGCCUGUGAGGCCCUUCGCCAGCUAAGAUAUGAGGAUAUUGUUGAUAGAGCCAUAGAGGCGUACAACAGUGGGCAGCAAGGAGGACCCCUCUUCCGCCUGCUAAGUGCCACUCCACCUUCUAGCCAGAACCCCGCUACCAAUAUCCCACUCCAGUUCAGGAUUAAAGAGACGGUGUGCACUUCCACCCAGGGGAGACAGCCUAAAGACUGCGACUUCCUGGAUGAUGGGGAGGUGAGAAACUGCACAGGGAGAUUCUUCAGAAGGCGGCAGAUAACCUCCUUGACCUUGACCUGUGACAGGGAUUGCAAUCGAGAGGACAAGUCCGAAGAUGUCUCCGAAAAGGACAAGUUCGAAGAUGUCUCCGAAAAGGACAAGUUCGAAGGUCUGCCCCCUCACAUCAGGAACAUUUAUGAAGAUGCCAAGUAUGAUAUCAUCGGCAACAUCCUGAAUAAUUUCUAGGUUUGGAAAGAGGAGGGAGGCGCUGCAGCUAACUAAGACCUCCUCUUUACCUCCACUACCCAUCUCCCCCUGCUGCUUUCGGGACCUGCCCCUCCUUCCUGCACUUCCCAGAACAUCCAUACCUUUGUCCAUUUGCUUCCAUGUGCUGGGCUUUCCUGCCUUACCCUCUAUCGGAAACUCUUAUUGAUUCUUCAAGGCCCAAGCUCAAAAGUCCUCUCCAGCGGGAAGCCUCCCCAUUCUCCCAGAACCAAAGUCCUUCCCACAUCUGUUCACUAGUAAUCCUCAAACCACACUGGUAUUACGUUCUGUGUCCCCAGCCAGAUGACACUGUAUCUAUUCACAGCUGGGCCUCCUGGGCCAGUUGCAGGUGGCUGUAGAAUGAAUUUUUCAAUGAUGUGUUCCUGGCAUCCUGGGAGGAUAAAACCCUGUAGACCCCUGCUCUCUGCUUAGUCACUGGGACACCAAAUACCCCUUUACAUACCCAGACCCCUUAUCCGGGAGGUGGCAGGUGGGUGGGGUGUGGUCAGAUCACCUUGGGAGGCCUAUAUGAGAGGUUCAAUAAAAUGCUUCUGAGAUUAAA